AUGACCUCGCCCGACGUCUUGUCGUACGGCCUAGCCAUCCAACCGCACGACCGACCGACCAAGUUGGAUCGUGUGGAGCGCUGUCGGGUGCUACUGAUAGCUGUGAGAUCAAGAGGAAGGAACACUAGAAGCCAAGGAAACGCUUCUUCCAACUCGAACUACAUUUCCCUCGAAUUAGCAUGUCAAAUGCUUAUAAAAUUUGAUGGAAACAAACAGAAACUCUUCGAAUUCAUUGAUAACUGCGAUAAAGCAACUAAAUUAAUCAAACCCGAAUUAAGAACAAUAUUAUUUUCUAUAAUUGAAACUAAGUUAACCGACAAUGCACGAGCGCUUGUGAGAAAUCGAAAUUUAACAGAUUGGGUUCACCUCAAACAGCAUCUUUUGGACGUUUACUCUGAAAAGCGUACAAUGGGCCAAUUGCAAUUGGAAUUAAACUCUUGUAAACAAAACCCAUCAGAAUCAGUUAUGUCAUAUUCAUCAAAGGUAGAAAACUGCUAUAUAAAAUUGAUUAACACAUUAGACUCAAAUCUGAGUAGAGAAUCAAGAGAAUCUUGCAUAAAACUAUUAAAAGAACAAGCUUUGAGCGUUUUCUUAACAGGUCUCCAACCGAACUUGUCAUUUUUAGUAAAAUUACAGCGUCCUGAAAGUUUAGAAAAGGCAAUUGCCACUGCUUUUCAAGGAGAGCAGGAACUCAAAUCAAAAAUCGAAAUUAGCAAGUAUCAAAAUACACACAAUGCAUCGGUUCGCCACUGCGAUUACUGUAAUAAGCCUGGUCACACUUCAUUUAACUGCAGACAUAAAGCUAAUAAUCAACGAAACCAAUUUUCAUCCGUUAAACAUAUACAAAAUCCUAAUCCACAAGGUUUCAGGAAUACAAAUAAUUUUCCCACAAAAAUUUGUGCUUAUUGCAAGAAAACAGGUCAUCUUAUAAGUGAAUGUAGGAAAAGACAAUAUAAUAACAAGAGGCAAAAUCAAUCUAACUCUUUUCAAAACGGAACUCCCAAACUCCCAAAAUUCUAA